GCUCAUUGAAGGAUUGAUGUGAAUCUUUUCUGUCCCCAAAGACAGCAGAGCCACUGCUCUCCACCCUUUUCAGAUAUUUGUUGGUAAAAAAAAAUGUUAAAAAGCAAGAAUCAUGUGUGGUUGGAAUGGGACAGAAUGUGAAAAAGUGCGAAUGCUUCUUGGACGCUUGGUGACUAGUUGGAGCAGAGUCCAGCCAAUUGGUUUCGCUCAACAAAUCCACUCCAGUGUCCAACAAAUCAGAACCUCCGUUAGAUGAUGACGUCUGCGUUCAGCGAUGUGAGAAUGAAAUGCAGAAAGGUCUUGCCAUACCGCCGUCGUUGGGAGUCAUCAUGGAGGAGCAGUAGAGGCUGUAGCUGGGCAACAAAACGCAGCACCGCCGCAGAACCGUUCAGCUGCAUCGCCUCGGUUAAUCUGGAGAAGGGUCAGCGCCGAACCGAACCAGCACAGGAGACAUCCAAGGGGCACCAGCGGCCAAGAUGAAGCACUUCCUCAGAGUGGUGACCCAGUUCUUUGCCUUCCUCUACUGUAAAUGUUUGUGGCGGGGUCUGAAGUUUGUCGCCAGGAAGUUUACGGGCCGCUGCGAGCUGCAGAGAAUCUGCUACAACAACAAACCCGGAGCGCGCAGGACUCUGAAGAUAGAGUCUUCCAUGCGUUACUCCAAGUAUGAGCUUCUGCAGUCGGCUCUCAGCGUCCAUCCAGACAAGGUGGAGAAGACCAUUGAUGACAUCAUGGCCUUGAAGAAGAUCAACCCGGACACCAACCCACAGCUGGGCAUCUCUCUGCAGGCCAGCCUGCUGCAGAUUGUGGGCUACAGGCAUUUGAUGGCGGAGGUGGAGAAGCUCCGCAGAGAACCUUAUGACUGUGAAAACGCUGAGCAUGAGAGCAUGCUGAUGAAGCUGUGGAAGGAGCUGCGUCCCGACACGCCCCUUACAGGACGCAUCUCCAAACAGUGGUGUGAGAUCGGUUUCCAAGGCAAUGACCCCAAGACUGAUUUCAGAGGGAUGGGCCUGCUGGGCCUGCAGAACCUGCUGUAUUUUGCAGAACACGACAAGGCAUCAGCUCUGCAGAUGCUCCAGGAUUCACUGCAACCAAAGCACAAGAGUUCUCACAGAACGCCCAGUGAGCUCAACAAGCCGGACUGGGAGCAGGAGAACCCCGACAAGGCCAUCGGGUACUCCUUUGCCAUCGUGGGCAUCAACAUCACCGACCUGGCCCACUCGCUGCUGGUGAGCGGCGCUCUGAAGACUCACCUGUACAACGUGGCGCCGGAGACGCCCGGCCUGCAGCACUUCCAGCAGACCUUCUGUUACCUGAUGCAGGAGUUCCACCGGUUCUGGAUCCACGAGGAUCCCAGUGACAUCAUGGAGUUUAAUCGGGUCCGCUCCAAGUUCCACCGGAGGAUCCUGCGGCAGCUGAAGAACCCCGACAUGGCGCUGUGCCCCCACUUCGCCGCCUCUGACCUCCACCUGGUCAACCUGUAAUCCCCCCCCCCCCACUCACACAGAAGGUUCUCUGAACUGCCGGAGACACGCGAGGAGCAGCUUUUCUCCUCCUCAGCACAACAGCUAACAUCAUGUGGCGUCACUGCCAGCAGCUCACCACACGGUUCAACCCGCAGUCUGGACCUGUUCCACCACCGACACGUCCUCAUCACAACACACCAUAACAAACACUAACAUCACCAUGCAGGGCCAGUAGGUGGCGAUAACGCUGACAUCAAAAGCAAGUAAAAAAAAAAUCACAAAGGAAACAAAUUUAAAAAAUAACUCGUUAUUAAAUGAAGCUCGUCGUUUACUUGUCUCGUUUUUACAGUUUAAUACAAACCAGGAAAACCCAGCAGAAAAAAUAACCUGCAACACCGACAUGAGGACAGCAGGUGGCGAUAAAAGUUUCUUUAACGAGAUAUAAAAACAUAAAAGUUCAUUUAGAUAUGAGUUCAUAUUAAAGCUACAUGUAGUUCAGAUUUAGACCUCUGUGUCAUCUGUGUUUAGACCUGAUGCUCAAAUAGUGAGGAGCGCCCCCUAGCGGGGAUGAGACAGUACAGCAGGGAACUUCUAAAUCAUUCAUAAUGUGACAACAGCGCCCCCUGCUGUUUGGGCUGUACCUGCGGUCAUUAGUAUAAUGAAUAGUAUUAAUAAACUUCUAAUAAGCUACAAAACUGUCUUUAUGAUAAUGGCUUGACAGUAUUUUUGCCAUAUGAGGCUCAAAGCUACUUCAAAGUUGACUGCAGGUACGAGACGGGCUAAAGGUAAUUUAUAUUGUUGUUAAUAUUAUAUAAUUAAAAGGUUUCGCAGUGUUGAAACAUUCUAGAUGUUAUAAACCGUUGUUAUAUGUUAUAAAUUUUAAAGCGAUUCUGGGUAAUUUUCAGAACGAUAGCUUUAAAGCAUUAAAACAGAAAAC